AUGGAUAGCAAGGUCACAGCGCCCACCAAGCCACAACUUAAGGCUAUACGAAAACUAGCUCUGGCUCUAGAAAUAGCAAUACUUGUCAACCAGAAGCCCAAGGACAACCCCAAGGAGGAACCUGCACCAGAUACACCCACUCCCACACCCACCCCCAUAUCAACACCCAAACACCGGGGAGGAUGGAUCGCUGCCUAUGAAAACCUCGGAAACAGUGUAAUGAAAACACAGCUCUAUAGAAGCGCAGUAGCAAUAAGUUGA